GUGGAGUCGUUGGCGUGCUCGUCGAAAGGUCGACCGAAUCGAGCUAGACGAUUGCAUGGAAGUGACAUUUGCGUCGAAAGCUACAUCCCGUCGAAGAAGCAGCGGGUGGGCGACGCUAAGGAGAGAAGGAAGAAAGAAAACUGUUGAGGGGAGAAAGAAAGACUAGAAUUCGCACGCGAGGGUGGGAAGCGGCGCGGCGCGGGAGGACGGAAAAUUCCCCGGGCGGGAGAAAUAGAAGAUACAGCAGAUACGCGCGCAGGAGUCCAUGACGUCAUCGAUCGGAGGCGCGUGCAUCGAUUCCGGCGACGAUCCGUUCGUGGAAGCGAAACUGGAUCGGCCAGCCCGGCCAGCGCGAAUCACUCGCGAGUGCGUCUCCGCCGCCGGUGCGAGCGAGUGACGCAAAUGCGCCAACAGACUCGAAGGACCAGUCGUGAGGAAUCGUCGAGUUCCCCUGACGGAACUACAAGCGCGUUUUAAUUCUCUUCGUUCUCCAUGAGCGAGUGCCAUGUACUUGUAAUCACCGACGCUCGCAUCGUCCGGAAAACCGAAGAAAACAAAAUAUGUACUAUGACGCGGGGAAAUAUGACAUCGAGGACAUGUGGGAAUCAUUUGGCUCAUCUCCGUCCUACAUCACAACGCUGCCUCAGGAUAUCUUAAUGAAUACUAAAGAAGAAGAGUGGAACAAUGUUCUGUAUGUCCAGAAUGACGACGUGGUCUUGAGAGACCGUUUAAUGACAGACGCGGCUCUAGGUGGACCUCGGCCGAUCAAAUCUGAGCAUAGUUACAGCCUUCUGAUUUCCAGUCCUCCUCCAAGCCCGGCUACGCCGGGAGGUAGUCCUCACACGCCCAACUCGGGCUCAUCCUCGGGUACAGUUGAUUCAACCACGGCGAACACAGCUGCCUGCAUCGAUUUUAUCCACAACUUAGAUCAGAAACCUCUCGAACUUCUUCGGAGCAGGGACGACGAAAUGGAGGAGGAGUAUUAUCCGACUAUCUCGAUGAACACCACCUCAAACCGUGGUGAACCGUCAUCCUCGCUCACAUCGUCCUCUACCUCGACCUCAAUCCUCACGAAGAGCAGUCUAGUACCUGAAGACAACGAAAACUGUCCCGAAAUCAAGGACGAGCCCAUUAGCGAGCCGUCCAGUCCUUGCGCGCCUUGUCAGCCGAGUUGCGACACAAUUGACGAUAAGAGCACGAUAACAAUGGUGUCGCCUCAAAGUCUUCACCCGAACACCCGACUGCCACACACGAGCGACAGUGAGGAGGAAGACGAAGAAUGCUAUACGCCUAUGGACGUCGAGAACAGCAAUGUGGUCGACGAGGAGAAAGGGACAAUCUUGCACGCUUCGCGGCAAGGGUUGCCACCUACACCACCAAGCAGCGCAAGCUCUGACAGUGAAGGUGCCGCUUCCGCUUCCUGCUCGCCGGAACGUCGAGAUUCUCAGAUCUCUACGCACGUGCAGAAUCUCAAAGGAUUACUGGCGCCGUCAAGGCUUUAUGUCACUACCAACACCACCCACACCACCAGGCAGCCUAUUCAUACACCCCUGAUUUCCUGCCAACCGAAGGGAUCAACAGGAAUGUUGACAUUGACGGAGGAAGAAAAGAGGACCUUGAUAGCCGAAGGAUAUCCCGUACCUACGAAGCUUCCUCUGAGUAAACAGGAGGAGAAAUCCUUGAAAAAGAUACGGAGAAAAAUCAAGAAUAAGAUAUCGGCACAAGAAUCACGGAGAAAAAAGAAGGAAUAUAUGGACAACUUAGAGAGGCGAGUCAGCAUAUUAAGCAGCGAGAAUUCAUCAUACAAAAGUAAAGUGAAUGCUCUGGAGGACACAAAUCGCGAAUUAAUGAAAGAAGUGCAACGUCUUCAGGCAAUGCUGCAUAUACAACGUUCUUAGAUUUAUUCGCUUUAUUGAAACAGCAUAAAUCCGUUUGAUGGCCCAUUAAAAAUUAAUCCUUAAUCUCGAUAUAUAAUGCGUGUAUCAAUCUCGAUACAUAAUGGGUGUGUUAAGCCUUUAGCCUUCUACUUUUAGCCAAGAACUAUGACGUAAUUUUUAGCCAAAAGCGUUUCGUGCUAAACAAGUUGACCAAGUUCCAACUGUUAAUAUAUGGAGAAAAUGCCUUUUACCAAAAAUUAUGGGGUUCGGAGCAAAAAGCUAAAGGUUCACUACGCCCGUUGUGGGUCGGGACUUGUACUGACCAUUCUUUCGAAAAAUUAAGUUCUGUCAAUUCCGAGAAAUUAAAAAAUGCAAAAUCUCGAAUUGGAUUCUAGAUUACAGGAAGAAUCUUUUACAAGCGCCAACACAGAUCUAUUCUUCUUGUCUUUUUUUUUUUCAUUCUUACAAUUCUCCUUUAUGAGACUCAAUAAUCUUGUCCUUUAUGAGACAUCUAUCUCUCCGUAUCAUCUUUAUAUCAUAAAAAAGGAUUGCAUGGGUACCAUAAAGUAUAGUAACGAUCAUUACGUGUCCUUAUGUCUAAGUCACGGAGAGAUCAGAAAUGUAUUUUUAGGGAUUAGUGCAAUUUCUUUACAUUCCUAGUGUGUCUUCCUACACGCAAGACGCGGCGGAACUUCCUGCGAGUCGCGAUCGCGACUGCAACGUCGAAUGUCGCGCAAGAACUACUCGAAUCGUUCUUCCUGGCAACAAUGUAAAGCUUAAAGCCAACAUAGUAUAUACACCAUUUUACGUCCAUCGUCGCGUUCGAUCGAUGCGUUUUCGCCGGGAGUGCCUUCAAUUUGCAUUCCGUACUUCUUCUCGUCUGCUUCUGAAUUAUUCUCUUAUAUUUAUUCCUCGGACGACAAUUACGAGGUUACAUUUCUCAGACUUUUCGGGAAUCGACGAGAUAUCCUUAGGAACCACAUGGACAGCGUGGUUCAUUACUACGACGUGGUUAUCGUCAAGCACCGCGUUAAUUAGUUUUAAUUGCGUUUUAAAUGCACGUACAUAUGACACGAGAUACAACACACAUGAUAUAUUUUAUAUAGCCUAGCAGAGAAUGUGAAAGUAUGAUUAUAACCGCUAAACUCCGAAAACCAACGUGAAAGUAUAAACUUGAGGCAAGCCACCCGAGACCCGAGUGGAUUUUGCGUUUGCGUCGUUAUCGACGUGAGAAUAUUCAGUUGUGCGCGAUUUAUCGCAUUAUCACACGCAAUCGCGACAGAUCGACAUAUAGUGUACUAUUUUUCUAGGAUGCCAGCAGUCAGGUGGACAUUGUUACAUAACGUACGUAACACCGGCCCUAAAAGAUUAUCGGUUAUGCACGACGACGACAACAACGAUAAUCUCUUUUUGGUUCGAAGCGGUGCGAUAGGGAUGUUCGCGGAGCGGAAAGUUCGCGGUUGUGUAGGAUACAUUUCGAUAUUCGUAUACGAUAUUCGUAUACGAUGAACCACCUAAUAUUCGCGUUGCGUUUGCGAGUCGCCAGAAAUCGAUCGAUGCGGCCAACGGCGGCAGCAAGGUUUUCACUAUGGUCGCAUAGUGCACAGACGGGUUAAUAGCCGCAAUCGCGUGAAGUAUAAUAUUUUAGUAUUAGCGUAAUGUAACACACAAGAGCUAUAACAUUUUAUUGCAUACAAUAUGAAAUAUAUGUUCUGCAAAGUUA